AUGAUAUCAGUGACAUUACAGUUAUCGUUAACAUUGAUAACAUGGUCGUUUCAAUGUGCCAAAAAGAAACAACCACCACCAGCGACUGUGAAUACAGUGGAAGCACAAAGUGCAAAUACCGUAAGUCCAGCAAAUAUGCCCACAACAUCAACCGAAGGAAAAAGUGAUGCGAAAAAUCAAGACGAAAAGAAAGAGGGAAAUGCUGAGAAGGAGAAGGAAAAAGAGAAGAAGCAAUCGAAGAAGGAGUCGAAGGAGGAGGAGAAGAAGGAGGAGAAAGGCGAUCAGAAGAACGACGAGAAAAGCGAUGUGAAGAAAGAUUCGAAGGAUGAAAAAAAUGAUCAAAAGGAAUCAUCAAAUCCUGAUGAAAAGAAAUCAGCUGAAGAAAAAGAGGCCGCUAAACAAAAAGAAGCAAAUUUGAAGCCAAAAAUAAUGGCAAGAAACGCUAAAGAGGAACGAAUUGCGAAAGGAAAAGAAAUGAGGGGCAAAGGUGACUACCCAACUAUGGACGAUGUGCUUAGCGAUUGGGAUUCUGAUAAAGAGAAAAAGGAAAGUAAAGAUGAUGAUGCUGAUAAAUCAAAGUUAAAAACGAAUCUUGACGAAGCACCAGAUAAGGUAUGA